AUGACAGGCGAGUCAUUCGAUAUAACACUGACCUACUUGCGGUUCUUGGAAGAGGAUCUGGAGAUGACCAUGCCCAUAGCAGCUAUUGAGUCUCUUGUCACCAUGUUGCGAGUUAAAGAACCAUCGACUCAAGCGGAACUUAUUAAGCUUGUAAAGUCCAAUAUCGACUUAUUGAAGUCUUCCAUAUCCAAUGCUGUGUCCUUGUCUGCUGGCUGUGACUUAUUCAUGAGAUUUGUGUUGCGGAACACGAACUUGUAUGCUGAUUGGGAAUCUUGCAAACGAAAUUUGGUUGAAAACGGAGAGUUAUUUGUGCAAAGAGCCAAGGAAUCGAGAAAUAAACUGGCAGAAAUGGGGUUGCCAUUCAUUAAAGACGACGAUACGAUUUUGGUGCAUUCUUAUUCUCGGGUUGUCUAUCAUCUUUUGAAGAAAGCUCGGGCUGAAAAGUUGAUACGAUUUCGAGUUAUUGUCACGGAAUCGAGACCCACCAGCAAGGGAUACCACAUGGCGAAAUUGCUCAAGGAAGCCGACAUUCCAGUGGAAGUUAUUGUGGAUAAUGCUGUGGGUUAUGUCAUCCACAGAGUGGACAAGGUAUUGGUGGGUGCUGAAGGUGUGGCCGAAAGUGGAGGUAUUAUAAACCACAUAGGGUCUUAUCAGAUUGGAUGUUUGGCUAAAACCAACAACAAACCCUUCUACGUGGUAACAGAAUCGCAUAAGUUUGUCAGAUUGUUUCCUUUGUCUCCCAACGACCUUCCCACUGGUAUGGGCGAUAUGCUCGGUAUGGGCAGUUCCCCAGACGUCAAUAUUCCACAAGCCAGCGAAGAGCCAGAAAGCGAGUUGCUAAAGAUGCAGCUCAUAGACUUUACACCACACGAGUACAUUACUGCCUUAAUCACAGACUUGGGUGUGCUCACUCCAUCUGCCGUUUCUGAAGAGUUGAUCAAGAUGUGGUACGACUAG